CAGCAUGACAACAAUGACAGCGUCACUGUCAAUGUCGCGUGUGUGGUUCGGUAAUUCGAUGUUUCUAAACAGUAAAUAAAUACCUAUAUUUUUAUGUGAAGGAGCAUAAUUAUGGAUGCAUAUGAUAUUUUUAAGAAACUCACGAAAGGCUUGAAAUUUAAAAACCGAGUUUUGGGUGUAAAAAAUGAAGUAAAGAAUUCUAAGAAGGACUUAAAAGAAGAAGUAGAGAAGAAACACGAACCUGAAGAAGUAAAAGAAGAAAUAGAAAUCAAAGAAGAAAUAGAGGAUGAAGACGAAGUUUUAUCAUCUCAAAGUGACAAUGAAUCUGGAAGUGAAAAAGAUUUACAAAUAGUGGAAGGUGUAAAGUUUGGUGAAAAAAAGAAAAAGGAAAAGAAACACAAGCCAGAGGAUUUAAAAAAGAAAUUAGAAUUAGAGGAGCAAAACCGUUUCCGCAAUGAACAUGGUAUAAAAGCAGUUGGUCGGCAUAUACCAAGUGCAUUAAAGGAUUUUGCAGAACUAACAAGCAGAUAUAAUGUGAAGCAAGCACUAGUAGAUACAAUAACACAGUGUGGAUAUACGGAGCCCACACCGAUACAGAGGCAAGCUCUGCCUUGUAUGUUGGAGGACCGUCAAAUCUUAGCAUGUGCACCAACAGGGUCUGGAAAAACAGCGGCCUUUUUGUUACCAUUGUUUCACAUAUUGGGAGGAGCACAAGGGGGCCCCAGAGCUCUUAUCCUGUGCCCUACAAGGGAACUGGCUCAACAGAUAUACCGUGAGGCUCUACGGCUGAGUGCCUCCACCUCAUUACGGUGUUCAGUCGUUAAGAAUGUUAAAGAAGGCAAGAUGAAAGAACGUGAAGCAACUAUAAAGAAAAGUGAUAUUGUCAUAAGCACUCCAAAUCGUCUGUGCUACUUGCUUAAUCAGGAUAAUGUAACAAUCUCUUUGGACAAGGUCCGAUGGGUGAUAAUCGACGAGGCGGACAAGAUGUUCGAGGGUAGCGAGGAGGUGGCGGGCGACUUCCGGCGCCAGCUGCAGCAGGUGCUGGCGGGCUGCAGCGCGCCGCGCCGCCGCCUCGCGCUCUUCAGCGCCACGCACACGCCCGCGCUCGCCAAGUGGAGCCGCCGCAGCCUGCGCGGCCUCGUCGCCGUCACCGUGGGCCACAGGAACGCGGCGUCGCAGCUGGUGUCGCAGCGGCUGCUGUACUGCGGCAGCGAGCGCGGCAAGCUGCUGGCCUUCCGCCAGCUCGUGCAGGCCGGCCUCAAGCCGCCCGUGCUCGUGUUCGUGCAGAGCAAGGAGCGCGCGCGGCAGCUGUUCGCGGAGCUGCUGUACGACGGCGUCAACGUCGACGUCAUACACGCCGACAGGACGCAGGCGCAGCGAGACAACGUGGUGCGCAGUUUCCGCGUGGGGCGCGUGUGGGUGCUGAUCUGCACGGAGCUGAUGGGGCGCGGCAUCGACUUCCGCGGAGUCAACCUCGUCGUCAACUACGACUUCCCGCCCUCCGCCAUCUCCUACGUGCACAGGGUGGGGCGAGCGGGGCGCGCGGGGCAGCCGGGGGAGGCCGUCACAUUCUUCACGCAGGAGGACGUCGUCAACUUGAGGAGUAUAGCGUCAGUGCUGGCGCAGUCGGGCUGCGCGGUGCCGCAGUACACGCUGCAGCUGCGCCGCCAGCGCGCGCGCGCCCGCCGCCGCCAGCAGCACGCGCCCUCGCGCGAACACAUCGCCACCGCGCUGCACACACACAAGAGGAAACUUGAAAGUGAAAAGGAUGGAAAUGAUCAAGAAAAGACUAAAAACACAAGUAAUGUGAAGGAUGCUAAGAACAGAAAACAGAGAAAAUUGUCAAAUACAGAACUGACAGGAAAACAUCGUAACAAAGAAGCUAAACUAAAACCUAAACAGAAGAACGAUAAAAGCAAAGAUGGCGGACGAAAGAAAAACAAAAAGAUAGAUAAAAAAGAGAAGAAACUCAAUAAGAGGAAAAAGAAAGCAUUUGUAAAACCCGCGGCCUCUAGUUAAUGAAAUAAACGUUUUUACUCUUAUAA